CGGGGGAAACAGCAGCCGAUAUCAAGGAUUCCGCUCCUUUAGCUACGGAAGCAGCACUGAUUUGUUUGGCUGAAUGUCUGUUGUGUCAGAAUGGCUCACGAUGUCAGGAGAGAUUCCCCGGAGCUCCCAGAUUUCUCUCUACUCAAAAGACUGGCCAGAGAUCAGCUCAUCUACCUCCUAGAACAGCUGCCGGGGAAGAAAGACCUUUUUAUUGAAGCCGACUUGAUGAGUCCACUGGAUCGCAUUGCAAAUGUGUCGACACUAAAGCAACAUGAAGUUGAUAAACUCUACAAAGCAGAGAACAAACCUGUCAUCAGUGCCUCCGAUCAGCUCUGCUUCCUGAUCCGACCAAGAAUCCAAACCGUCCGGUGGAUCUGUGAUGUGGUCAACGCAGACAAGGCAGCAGGAAAAUUUAGAAGAUACAAAAUAAUUUUCACCCCCCAAAAGUUCUACGCCUGUGAUGCUGUGCUGGAGGAGCAGGGGAUUUUUGGUGACGUGACCACAGACGAGUGGGCUUUCUACCUCCUUCCACUGGAUGAUGACAUCAUCAGUCUAGAGCUUCCCGAGUUCUUUAGAGACAACUUCCUGGCAGGGGACCAGCGAUGGGUGAGGACGGCUGGGAGCGCGCUGCACCUCCUACAUUCCCUUUAUGGACCCUUCUCAAAGAUCUACGGCAUCGGGCGCUGUUCUAAGAUGGCGUACGAGUCGUGGAGGAAGCAGGUGGAGGAGGGAGAACAAAAACCUCGACAAGCUGAAAUUGGGAACGUUUUUCUAAUAGAUCGAGAUGUGGAUUUUGUCACUCCUCUCUGUUCACAAGUUGUCUAUGAAGGGCUUGUAGAUGAUAUAUUUAAAAUCAAAUGUGGAUGUGUGGAGUUUGGACCUGAUGUUACCUCGUCUGAUAAAAGUGUGAAAGUCAUGUUGAACUCCCAGGAUAAGGUGUUCAGUGAAAUCAGAAAUGAGCAUUUCUCCAACGUCUUCGGGUUUCUCAGUCAGAAAGCCAGGAACCUCCAGACUGCAUAUGAUAAGCGUCAGGGGAUGGAUAUAAAGCAGAUCAAGGCAUUUGUAUCAGAGGAGCUCAAGGGCUUGAAGCAGGAGCAUCGGCUGCUUAGCCUACACAUCGGUGCCAGUGAAUCUAUAAUGAAGAAGAAAACAAAGCAGGACUUUCAGGAGCUGUUGAAGACUGAACACUGUUUACUUGAAGGGUUUGAAAUCAGGGAAAGUAUUUCUUUCAUCGAGGAGCACAUAAACAGACAGGUGUCAACCAUUGAAAGUCUUAAGCUGCUGUGUCUUCUGUCAGUCACAGAAAAUGAGUUAUGGAGUGGAUCACCUGCUGACGUUUUCCAACCUGAGGCAGCUGGGCCUGCUGGUGGAGCAGCAACCGGGGGAAACUCUGACAGUCAUGGAGAGCAAAGUGGGCAAACUGGUCAAUGACAGAACUGCAGGAAAGCUCACUGAUGCCUUUUCCUCCCUGGCAAAGAAAGGCAACUUCAGAGCUUUGAGCCGAAAACUCAACCUGGUGCCUAAGUCCGAUGAAGAAUACGACCUGCGUGUUCCUCGAGACAUGGCUUACAUCUUCAGCGGAGCUUACGUCCCUCUGAGCUGCAGACUCGUCGAGCAGGUGCUGGAGCGAGAUGGUUGGACUGGGCUCGAAGAAAUAACCAGGCUGCUAAAUGGGCAUGAAUUUUCUGUUACAGGCAGCAAUGGAGCUGAUCUGAAGCAGAAGAACAAUGCUCAGCGCAUCGUUCUGGUCAUGUUCCUCGGUGGAUGCACCUUUUCCGAGAUCUCAGCCCUGCGGUUCCUCGGCAGGGAGAAAGGUUAUAAAUUUAUUGUUGUAACAACAGCGAUUACAAACAGUUCCAGACUGAUGGAAGCUCUGCUGGACUAAAAGUGAAGCCUGCCAUUAAAUA